UGAAUACGUUAGAUAAUAUUUGGUAAAACAUUUUAAAAAGUCAUUUGGAGUUGAAAUCAAAUGUUAUAGUUUUACCAAUCUACAUUGUGUAUUUUCUAACGAAGGAGUGCUAAAUGACACCUCUUCGAUAAGGAUGACUGGUCGAACAAAAAUUCUCCAUCACACACAUUAUCACACCUUGUCUAAACUAAAUACAUUCUAAAAAUCUUUGAUUUUACACUAUAACUUUCCUCUACAAAUAGUGCACUUUGAGGACCUUAUUUUCAUAUCAACCAAAAUAAGAAUAUCAUAUACUAUAACUCACUAUUCCUCUCUCUCUCUCAAUGGCAUUGAAGGUUGUAAUGGUGUUGUUCCUUGCAAUGCUUGUGUUCAAAGAGCAUAAUGCUAUGGCACAAGAAGAGCGUGACGCAUUAUGCGCCACUUUGUGUGCAUUGAAGUGCAAAGCAAAGCCGUGGUGCCUAGCUAAGUGCCUUGCCGGUUGCGUUACAACUACAAACACAGAUGAAUCAUCAGUUGAUACUGAGGUUGCAAUUCAUAACCGUGUUUGUAAUAUUGGAUGUUCCAUUGGCCAUUGCUCCAAGUUUCUCGUUCAAUAUGAUAAUGAGAAGUUUGGAAGUUGCAUGACAAACUGCAGUGAGAACUAUUGCAUUGGCAAUACUCUUGAGAAAGCUGAUUAAGAACAAGUUCGAAUAUAAAUAAGUAAAAUUAUGGCCACUAAGUAUGUGCCUGCCACACUAUGUUAUGUACUUAAGCUACUAAUAAUGCUUUUGUGGUUGUAAUUUUCUGUGUUGCGUGUAAUUGUGUUGUAUUGAAUAAAACUCUAGUUCUUCCUACUAAA